GCAUUCGUGCAGCCCGGAGGUACAAAACAGGCACAUCUAAUUUUCAAUCACAUUAAUUGGACAGUUACCUGCGCGCGGGCGAGCCUAGCUAAACUUCAGAAGCUAGCUACUAGUGGGCCCCCAGGUCAUCAAGAAUAUAAUGGCAGUGGUUUUAGGAAUGAAGGCCAUCACAAAAAAGCUUAUGUUGGCCGAUGUUUUUGCGGAAGACUCUGGAAAUGAGCGAACAUUUUACGGCUUUUCUGACAGUGAAAUCGGCGACCCCUGCGAAAAGAAUUCAAAUUUUCAAGAUGAAGAUGAAGCCCAGCCUGACCUUUCCCCCAAAAAGCAGAAAGCCACAUCUAAACCAUCUUUUGGUGCCCAAAACUUCAGGCUGAGGGUGGCACUCCGCUCCGCUUCCUCUACUCAGCAGUCCACUGAUGAUGAGGAAGAGGCAGAGGAGGAAGAAAAGAUGACAAAAAAGAGAGGGGUGAAGUGGGCAGGAAAGACCAGUCAGGCUAAGAAGAAGAAACGUGUUAAAUUUGAAGAUGAAGAGAUAGCAGUGGCUCGGCCGUCUCCUUCUAAAGAGCGUGGAUCCGAUUCAGCAGAAGAUGUAUCCAAGUCUUUCCUGGCCAAGAGAGAACAGAACAUCAAGGCCAACAAAGCAAUGUUGGCUCAGCUGAUGGCAGACCUGCAGAAGAUUCCAGGAGGUGCUGGGAUUCUGAAAAAACAAGCAGACAAACAGAAGACAAAAGAGAGAAGUUCUCGCCCACCACGCUCUGGUGCAGCUGGAGGACAGUCCAGGAAGAACCCAGAGCGGGCGUCCCGCAGACGGACCCGCUCUAUGGGUGGGGGAGGUGAGGAUCCUUCAGCCCCUAAGGAGGAAGAACUGGAGCUCAGCUUGGAGGAUGAGCUGCUGGAGGUACGUCGUAGCCGAGCCCCACAGCGCCGUGGAGCUCCACGGCCUAAUCAGUGUAAACCUCAUUGUGUCCGUCCUGUGGAGGACAUCACAGAGGACGAGAUUCAGCUGGUUGCAGAGAACAUGACUGAAAAGGUCUACAACAGCGUCACAGGCUCCACAUGUCAUCAGUGCCGUCAGAAAACGAUUGACACUAAGACGUGCUGCCGCAGUGAGGACUGUCGUGGGAUUCAGGGUCAGUUCUGUGGGCCGUGUCUGAGGAACAGAUAUGGAGAGGAUGUCAAGAAGGCGCUGCUUGAUCCGGAGUGGAAGUGCCCUCCCUGUCGUGGCAUUUGCAACUGCAGCUUCUGCCGCCAGCGUGAGGGACGCUGCCCGACUGGCAUCCUGUUCCCCCUGGCUCAGUACCACGGCUUCUCUGACGUCCACUCCUACCUCAGCAGCCUCCGUAACAAACUGAAGAGUGAAGACAACGAUGUAGAGACGUGAUAUCAACACUUGGUGGAGCAAUUGUUCAUACUGUUAACUGUAUCCCUAUUCUAGUUUUGAGUCAGUUUUUAAUCCUAGUAAAACGUACACGUGACUUGAUUUUAAAUGAAUAAAGAUAUGUUUUGAUCA